CCCCAAGCAUUUGGAAUGCCAUUAUCACAAGUAAUAGCUAAUGAUCGGGCCUACAAACUGAAGCAGGAUACUCAGAAAGAAGAGCAGAGAGAAGUUUCGGAGUUUGUAGCCUCCCUUUUGCCGUUUGGAAGUAAGAGGCAGAACAAAGAACUCUCAAGCAGUAACUCAUCUCUUAGCUCCACUUCAGAAACGCCAAAUGAAUCUACUUCACCUAACACACCAGAGCCAGCCCCACGAGCAAGGAGGAGAGGUGCAAUGUCUGUCGACUCUAUUACGGAUCUUGAUGACAGUCAGUCUCGACUGCUGGAAGCUCUACAGCUGUCAUUACCUGCUGAAACUCAGAGCAAGAAAGAAAAGGCCAGGGACAAAAAACUAAGUCUCAACCCUAUUUACAGGCAGGUUCCUCGGCUUGUAGACAGCUGUUGCCAGCAUUUAGAAAAGCACGGUCUACAGACAGUGGGAAUAUUCAGAGUUGGAAGCUCAAAAAAAAGAGUAAGGCAGUUACGUGCAGAGUUUGACCGUGGCGUUGAUGUCGUGCUGGAUGAAGAACACAGCAUCCAUGAUGUGGCUGCUUUAUUAAAGGAAUUUCUUCGUGACAUGCCUGAUCCACUUCUGACCAGAGAGCUUUAUACUCCUUUCAUCAAUACUCUCUUAUUAGAGCCCCAUGAACAACUGAACACUCUGCAACUUCUUAUUUAUCUUCUACCUCCUUGCAACUGUGACACUUUGCAUAGACUCCUCCAGUUCCUUGCCACUGUGGCUAGCCAUGCAGAGGACAGAAUAGAUCAAGACAGCCAGGAGAUUCCUGGCAAUAAGAUGACAUCGCUUAACCUAGCCACUAUAUUUGGGCCUAAUCUGUUGCACAAGCAGAAAACUACGGACAAAGAAUUCAUGGUUCAAAGCAGUGCUCGUGCUGAGGAGAGCACGGCGAUUAUUGCUGUGGUACAAAAGAUGAUAGAAAACUAUGAAGUGCUUUUCAUGGUCCCUGCUGACCUUCAAAAUGAAGUUCUGAUUAGCCUGCUUGAGACUGACCCAGAUGUUGUCGACUAUUUGCUGAGAAGAAAAGCUUCCCAGUCAUCAAACCCUGAAAUGCUCCAGUCAGAAGGACCAUUUUCCAUGGGAGGCAGACAUUCAUCCACAGAUUCAAAUAGAGCCUCAAGUGGUGAUGUCUCCCCUUAUGACAAUAAUUCCCCGGUGCUUUCUGAACGCUCUCUAUUGGGAAUGCAAGAAGAUACAGCUCUCGGUUCCGAGCGGUUAUUCAAAGUACCUGAACAAUGUACAUUAGUCAGCAAUUUGCAGCCAAAAUCAAGAGAGAAUUCACCCGGAUCAUGGUUUGGGAAAGAUGAUUCCGAGGACUAUUUCAACAUCUGGGGGACUUGGCAUUCAACACUGAAAAGUGGUUCCAAAGAUCAAGGAAUGACAGGAUCAUACGGAGACAUAUAUGAGAGCAGCUCACUGCGGCCAGGGCAGUGCUCUCUUUCUCAAGGAAACUUAUCACUGCCUUCACCUCAGUGGUCAGAGAGCACUGCAGAAUUGGACAAUACAAAGCAAAUCAUCCGAAGGAGUCAUACAACUGCUGCCCUUCCUGAAUGUCGUCCUCAUCCACCUCUCUCCCGGGUUUGCAGCACCCCACAAAUAGAAGGUAGCAGAAGGAGUUCCAGUCGGUCCAACUCAGAGCAGCAUUUUUCGACUAGUAGCACAGAGCACUUUGUGGACUGUGAUUCAGACGCAGCUUGUUUGCACCGCACAACAAAACCAUGGUACCAAAGGCAAGUGGAAAUAAUUCGAAAAGACCGGCCUCCACCACCACCUUAUCCUGAGAUAGUGAAGCAAAGCUCCACUUCGUCCCUCUGGCUAGCAGCCUCUUCAGCAGACAAGGCUUCAUCAUGGGGGCUUCAGAGACCAGAAACCCAUUCAGGGACUAUAGGGGGAGGGAAAGCAAUGACUCAAGUGCCGGAACAAUCUGCCCUGUGUGAGGAGCAACAGGACAGCACGGGAACCAACUGUUCCAGUCCGGACAGCAAGCAGAACAGUAAAAAUCUGACGGAGCCAGACUGGCAUGACUGGCAGAGAGAUCGGUGGCAAAUCUGGGAGAUUUUAUCGCCUGAUAAUCCAGAUGCCCUCCCUGAAACGUUAGUAUGA